UAUGAUAAGUCCUUAUUCGAGGCAUUAAACGUUCCAGCAUAAUUAGAUUUUGUCCUUUACAUACAGUUAAGGAUAUAAUUAAAUACAUGUAAGUUGAUCGGUUAAAUUGGUUGCACUUACUUGUAUAGUUUUCUUUUAUUUUAAACUUUGAUUAUCAAUUCGACAUAAGAUAUAGUCGCACCUGGAGGACGUAAUCGCUGCGGGCAUGCUGCCAUACAUUAAGAUUAACCCCGUAAGCGUUAUCUCCUAUAAACUUUUAAAAUCCCCCAAAUUUUAUCUAUUUAUUUACUUCCUGUUUCAGUUAAUUUCUACAAUAAAAUUAAUCUGUGUUCAGCUUACUGGGAAAUAAAAUGAAUAUAAUUAUAUUGGUAAGAUUUUUUUCAAAUUAAUGGUCAUUUGUCUACAGAUCAAUGAGAUAACCAUUCUACUGGCACUAAUACUGACAACAGUAAUAGAGCUGUCAACACUUUUUGGACUGGUAGUCUACUGGCGAGUUGCUAGGGAGGCCCCUGUACAGCCAAGAUUGUGCUUUCCGUCAUCUGCUUUCGCCAGUAAUGUUGAUGAUUUACAAAAGUUAAAAAAGGAGAAUGAUAUGUAUUGUGGCAAUGCCAGCUAUGUGCUGCACAUACUUGUGAACCAGACUGUUGCAGAAAAAUACAACAAUAAUGCAAAUCCAGAACAUUCAACUAUAGACUUCAGAGGAGAUAGUUGUACUCCUUCCGACACAGACGGGUUAAUGUUGAAAUUAGACAGUAUUUCAUUGCAUGCAAAACCAGUUCCUGGAAGACCAACAAAAAUAUAUUGGAAAACAAGUACAAAAUUUAACAAAAUGCAAGAUAUGCAAUUCUCGGUAGAUGAAGGUUCACUCUACAUACUGAAGUCAGGUUAUUAUUAUAUAUCGUCCCAGUUGACAUCAAGAGUGGAGAACAAGACAAUCGGCGAAAGUAAUGAUCAAACAUUGGGACAAUUUUUAAUCUCGUACAGAGAUGGUACAGAAAGAAUUUUGCUUGAAGACGCCAAAUCACCAUGUGAAUUAGCUGUCGAGCAAUCAGAGCAUACAAGCACUAUUGGUGCUGUUUUCUAUCUUGAGGAAAGGGAACAAAUCUACGUGGCAACAUCGCAUCCGUACCAUCUGCUUUCGGGUGACAGCAUCAACUAUCUGAGUAUUCUCAAGACAUAGAAAGAUAUCAAGUUGACAUCGAUUCAUACAAAGCUAGCAGCAGUUAGUUUUACAACUGACAUCAGAAAUUUAAUGUAUCAGCUGUUCAAAUUUUCUAAAGAAUUGACAAUCUUUAUCUCUCACUUUAAUUUACAGACAUCCAAAAUCACGAAGUUCUAAUUAUUACAAAUAUUGAGGGGGCCAAACUUCGAAGCGACCCUGUAAUCUUAAGCCAUGUAACACAAGUAACAUCUGGAUGAUUUCUGUUAUAUCUGGUCAGCAUAGACAAGUCAAAAAAUAUGCAUGCUGAGAUCAUAUUGAAUUGACUGGACGACUGUAUAGUGCUUGUUUAUUGUAAUUUGGAUUUUCACGCAUUUCUGCUCGAUUUUGAAAGAGCUGGAAGAUAU